AUCGAUAUGAUGCGAUGUUAUAGCCGGAAGGAUGAAUGUUUCAGAAAGCGGUCGGACCGAAACGUACCCAACAAUGCAAUAUCGUAUCCGGAGUUGUAACAUGUCGUAUCUGGAGAUGUUAUGUCGUAUACGGAGAUACAACACGUUGUGUCCAGAGAUGUAAUGUCAUUUCCGAAUAUGUAAUACGUUGUAUCCGGAGAUGCAACAUCGUAUCCGAUGAUGCAAUAUCAUGUCCGGGUGCAACAUCUUGUGUCCGGGGACCUAAUGUGUUAGGUUAAUGUGUAAUAUCGUAUCCGGGGACGCAACAUGUUGCUCUGGAGGUGCGAUAUCGUAUCCGGGAGAAGCAAUGUUGAAGCCAUUGCAUUAAAAUUCAUCUGUAAUUUGGCGCGAAAAUACUGAUCACAUGACAACCACCUUUUGUAUUAUAAAAGCAAGAUGGCGGAGAAAGAUCUUGUAGACAAGACAACCGAAAAAAUGAGUGAAAAAAGAAAGCGAUAAAAAGGAAUUUGAGGUGAAAAAAAUGGAAGGACAACACCGCACGCCAAAUGAGUUAGUUUACAUCAAUAUUAAGGAAAUACUGAACAACAUCAUAAGAAAAUUGGAAAGUCAAGACUGUGAUAACAAAGCUGAAUACGCUCAUUAUAAAGUUGAAUGGCUUAUUGUGUUGCUAUUGCGAUUGGGUGGACCGAUGGAAAAUUGUUUGCUACCAUCCCUACUUGAAGCCCAACAUAUGUUAACGGCCGCGGUGGACAAGCAAGCAGAGAGUUUCGCUACAAUUUUACCACCAGUCACAAAAACAGGAUUUAAAGGUAGACCGAAAUUUGAUAUACCAAUUGAUCAGCUGGAAUACCUAUUGGAAAACGGAUUUAAAGUAAGUGACAUCGCGAGUUUGUUCUGCGUUUGUCAGAAGACUAUUCAUAGACGACUUCAGGAAAAUGGAAUGUCAGUACGUAAUACAUAUGAAAAACUUACUGAUGAAGACCUAGAUAUUUUGGUAAAAAACAUACUGCAAGAAUUCCCCAAUUCUGGUUAUAAAAGCAUGCGUGGACAUUUGUUGUCAAGAGGUUACAAAAUUCAAGAAAUUCGGAUCAGAGAAUCAAUGAGAAGGUGUGAUCCAGAAGGAACUAUUGUUAGAGCACUUCAAAUUCGUGUCACACACAGGCGAUCAUACAGUGUAAGGGCCCCUCUGUCGUUAUGGCAUAUGGAUGGGAAUCAUAAAUUGAUAAGAUGGAAUUUUGUGGUGCAUGGGUGCGUGGAUGGUUACUCGCGAAAAAUUAUGUACCUAUCAUGCAAUGGAAACAACCGAGCUGAUACUGUUUUAACACAUUUUUCAAAUGCAGUUGCUACACAUGGACUUCCUUCCAGGAUGAGAGCUGAUCAUGGCGGAGAGAAUGUACAAGUGGCACGGUACAUGUUAAAUCACCCUUUGAGGGGGCCGAACAGGGGAAGUUUUAUUACGGGUGCUAGCGUUCAUAACCAGCGAAUUGAACGGUUAUGGCGAGAUGUCUUUGUGGCUUGCCUGUAUAUAUACUAUUCUGUCUUUCAAUAUCUAGAAGAAAAUGGCUAUUUAGAUUUAUCAAAUAACAUCCACAAGUUCUGUUUACAUUAUAUUUUUGAGCCACGGAUAAAUGCACAUCUUCAGAGAUUUGUAGAAUCAUGGAAUAAUCAUCCCUUACGAACAGCUGGAAAUAAGACACCAAAUCAACUAUGGAUAUGUGGCCUUGCUCUGCUUUCUAGAAGUUCUGACCUUGCUGGGAUUGAAUUGCAACAAGAAUUAAUGCAGGACUGGAGUGAAUAUGGAAUAGAUUGUGAGGAAUUAAAUAAUGCAAAUGAGGAAACUUCACCCAUAGAUCUACCAGACGUAACAAACCCAUUGUCAGAGAGAGACUUUAAUGAGUUGCAGGUACAAGUGAAUCCAACUGCACAUGAUGAAGCAUAUGGUAUUGAUCUAUAUCAUCAAGCCUGCAUAUUUGUCACUGGACGAGUCCAUGUUAUAUUUAAGUACUUAUACUUAAAACCUACCAUAAAAAAACAGAACCAUUAA